AUGAAGUUCCUCUCUACCAUCGUUCUUCUUAAUUCCGUGGCCAUGGCGAAUGCGGAGUCCUUCUACGCCUACACCUGCUACGGCUGCGGCUGUGACGCAUAUCAGUCCUUCGGUACCAAUAUCAAAAACAGCUGCACCAACGUGGGAAGCGGUGCUGCUGCUUGGGGUAUCAGCACUGGGAAGGAUAGCAAGACAUAUUGCACCCUUUUCUCAGAAGAGAAUUGUGGAGGCAAGUCACAGAACGUUGGACACAAGACUGGGCAGACUUGGGGAUGCACUAACUCGCAAAUUGGAUGGGUGAAGUCUGUCAUUUGCUUCGACUAA